AAUACCCUCAUCUUCAUCUUCCAUCACCUCUCGUCUCUCUUUAUCCUCAAAUAUCUUCUCAUCUUGCAACCCGAUCAACACCGAUCAUCCCUCAUUCCGAUCAUCUAUUACCACUCCAAUCACCAUCUACUUCUUCCCCAAACUCCUCCCUAAUAGAACUCAAAUCUGGCUCCUCACAUAAUAGAUCUGAUUCAAAAAAUCAAUUCCUCUACAAAUGUAUACCAGAUCUGCAAAGAAAAAUGAAAAAAACACAACAUUUCUUCAAUCAACAUCAACAGUAACUAUAUUUGGAAAUUCAAGCAAUCAGAAACCACACAAAACUCUAAAUCCCAUUCAAGCAUGACUGUAAACCAACAAAGAAACAAAACAAAAAACCCAGGCGGGUUCGAGGAAGCCACGGCUGGGUUCGAACGAACCCAGGCGAGCUGGGUUCGAACGAACCCAGGCGUGCUGGGUUCAACGGAACCCAGGCGCGGGAUCACCCUAGAAAGAGUGGAAAACUCACCUUGUCACUUAGUGGUACAUCGGCUGGAGCAACCGAUUCACUUGAUCAUAUAUUUUGCUCUUACACACUCAGGCACUUGUAGUGGUGCAAUUGUGGAAGAUGCUUUUAAUGUUGGGCGGUCAAGUCAAUGUUACUAGUUACUAAUGUGCAGUCACCAUCGAAGCUGAUGUAGUGAUAAUAGCUUUCAGGUCAAUAAGUUAGUUGGGUUUUGCAUUAUAACGUGCAGCUAUUUCAUGUUAGAUUGUGACAAGAUUGAAUGAUCUUGUCGAUCCCCAUUCGCAUUUUCUAUUAUAUUGGUAUCUGAUUAAGUAAAUGUAAUCUCAUCUG